AUGUCUUCAGACGGUUUCUUCUCUCAAUAUCCAGAAUUCGACCACGAUCCGACCGCUCCCUUAGUCGCCGAGUUCCAGAGGCUCAGCCUCCAACGAGGUUGGAAGGCGGGUGGGAAGAAGUAUCGUCAAAGCCGUCAGAAAUGCUUUGCACAGGAAUUUGAGCACCACUAUGGGCACGCCAGCGACAAGCUCGCUGGCUGGCAGGCCCUCUGUGCAGAUCUCUACGUCUCUCCCACCCCUUCAUCUAUCAAACAAUGUAAAAAGGCACUCUCGAGAAUUUCCGUCAACCUCGUCGACCUCAUCGAUUCUCACCGGACUGGGGAAAAGGUGAAACUUUUCCCUUCCAAAAAUGCGCUCCGGAACUAUUCCAUAAAUCACAAUAAAAUAUUCUCAAAGAGACAGGCAAAGGCGGAUGGAUAUGUUUGUGCGCUGUUGAUCCAGAUGUUCUAG